UCGUCCUAACUUGCGCGCACGGAGUGACCCCAGACAUUUCACUAAAAUGAGCGUGCUUAGCAGGAAGAGAUGUGUUCCUUACACUAGAAAUUACCCCGUCACAUGUAGUGGUGUCCCAAUUAAUGGAUUCUGACAUGGAUUAUGAAAGGCCAAACGUAGAGACCAUCAAGUGCGUUGUGGUCGGGGACAACGCCGUGGGCAAAACCAGGCUCAUCUGUGCUCGGGCCUGCAAUGCUACCCUCACUCAGUACCAGCUGCUUGCCACCCAUGUGCCCACAGUUUGGGCCAUUGACCAGUAUCGGGUGUGCCAGGAGGUGCUGGAACGCUCCCGAGAUGUGGUAGAUGAUGUCAGCGUCUCCCUGCGCCUCUGGGACACCUUUGGAGACCAUCACAAAGAUCGGCGCUUUGCUUAUGGGAGAUCCGAUGUGGUGGUUCUUUGUUUCUCCAUUGCCAACCCCAAUUCCCUGCACCAUGUCAAGACCAUGUGGUACCCAGAAAUCAAGCACUUCUGCCCCCGAGCACCUGUCAUCUUGGUGGGCUGCCAGCUGGACUUGCGCUACGCCGACCUGGAGGCUGUUAAUAGGGCCAGGCGACCUUUGGCUAGGCCCAUCAAGCCUAAUGAGAUCCUUCCCCCGGAGAAAGGUCGGGAGGUGGCCAAGGAACUGGGCAUCCCCUAUUAUGAGACCAGUGUGGUGGCCCAGUUUGGCAUCAAGGACGUCUUUGACAACGCCAUCCGAGCAGCACUCAUUUCCCGCCGGCACCUGCAGUUUUGGAAAUCCCACCUCCGCAAUGUGCAGCGGCCAUUGCUGCAAGCCCCCUUCCUACCACCCAAGCCACCACCUCCCAUCAUCGUGGUGCCCGACCCUCCCUCCAGCAGUGAGGAGUGCCCCGCCCACCUCCUGGAAGACCCGCUCUGCGCGGACGUCAUCCUGGUGCUGCAGGAGCGGGUGCGAAUCUUUGCCCACAAGAUCUACCUCUCCACCUCCUCCUCCAAGUUCUAUGACUUGUUCCUCAUGGACCUGAGUGAGGGGGAGUUGGGGGACCCCUCUGGGCCAGGGGGCCCCCAUCCAGAGGACCACCGGGGUCACCCUGAUCAACACCACCACCAUCACCACCACCACCACCACGGGCGGGACUUUUUGCUUCGUGCAGCCAGCUUUGAUGUAUGUGAAAGCAUGGACGAGGGUGGGGGCUCUGGGCCUGCUGGACUCCGGGCCUCCACCAGUGAUGGAAUCUUACGGGGCAAUGGGACUGGGUACCUGCCAGGGAGAGGUCGAGUGCUCUCUUCCUGGAGCAGAGCUUUUGUGAGCAUCCAAGAGGAGAUGGCAGAAGAUCCUCUGACCUACAAAUCCCGGCUGAUGGUGGUGGUAAAAAUGGACAACUCCAUCCAGCCCGGGCCCUUCCGGGCUGUUCUCAAGUACCUGUACACAGGGGAGCUGGAUGAGAAUGAGCGGGACCUCAUGCACAUUGCCCACAUUGCUGAACUACUUGAGGUCUUUGAUUUGCGCAUGAUGGUGGCCAAUAUUCUCAACAACGAGGCCUUUAUGAACCAGGAGAUCACCAAGGCCUUUCAUGUACGCCGGACCAACCGGGUUAAGGAGUGCUUGGCUAAAGGCACCUUCUCAGAUGUGACCUUCAUCCUGGAUGAUGGGACCAUUAGCGCCCACAAGCCUCUGUUGAUUUCCAGUUGUGACUGGAUGGCUGCCAUGUUUGGAGGGCCGUUCGUAGAGAGUUCCACCAGGGAGGUGGUAUUUCCUUACACUAGCAAGAGCUGCAUGAGGGCAGUGCUGGAAUACCUCUACACAGGCAUGUUCACCUCCAGUCCCGACCUGGAUGACAUGAAACUCAUCAUCCUCGCAAACCGCCUCUGCUUGCCACACUUGGUUGCCCUCACAGAGCAGUACACAGUAACCGGGCUGAUGGAAGCAACCCAGAUGAUGGUGGACAUUGAUGGGGACGUCCUUGUGUUCCUGGAACUGGCUCAGUUCCACUGUGCGUACCAGUUGGCCGACUGGUGCCUCCACCACAUUUGUACCAACUACAACAAUGUGUGCCGCAAGUUCCCCCGAGACAUGAAGGCCAUGUCCCCAGAAAACCAGGAGUAUUUUGAGAAGCACCGGUGGCCGCCUGUCUGGUACCUGAAGGAGGAAGAUCACUAUCAGCGGGCACGAAAGGAACGUGAGAAAGAGGACUAUCUCCACUUGAAACGGCAGCCCAAGCGGCGAUGGCUAUUCUGGAAUGGCCCUUCCUCACCGUCCUCUUCUGCGGCCUCCUCCUCCUCCCCAUCUUCCUCCUCGGCUGUGGUCUGAGAUGCCGCCACCCUCUUCUGACCCUGCUGCUGUUGUCCCCCUCUGCCCUUGCCCCUUGCUCUUCUGCAUCUCCCCCCUCCACCUUAUAGGGACAAGGGGACCCACAUAACCAGGACCCUAAGGGCAGAGCUGUUCUCACCAGCCAAAGUAGCUCAGCAAGAAAGGAACCAGGCCCUGUGGAUCAGAACAGGAACCACCUACAGAGGUCCCCAGUUCCAAAACAGGGCAGCAGACAACUGCUUGGAGGCAGGGAA